UUUCAAUUUUGACAAUUCGAAAAUUAGAUUUUAAAAACCAGUAUCAUAGGAAAAAUGAGUAAACAAGCUUCAAAUAAAAUAAAAUCUUGUGCUGGAAAGGAGAGUUUUGAACGUAUGAAUUACUUGCACCAGAUUAGUCAAAGAGUUUUAAAUUUUAGUCCAGUUGCAUCAGCUUAUUAUGGAAAUUUAAUGAUGAACAUUGCUAAAAGAGGUGUUCUUAGAAUAGAUCCUCAUGUAAAGAGAACUCUUUGCCGCCGAUGCCGAUUACCUUUAAUAAUAGGACAAACUUGUAAAGUUUCUGUAAGCAAAAAAGACAAAAUGAUGUAUCACAGGUGCACAAAAUGCUUUUACCUUCGAAAAUAUCCAAUUAAUAAAGAUCAUAAAUUGCACACAGAUAACAAAGAAUACAUUGUGGAAGUUUUAGAUUACGGUCAAACAAAUGAAUCUGUUCAAAAUGUAAAUAAUUAA